CCAGCUUCGCUCAACUCGUCGUCGCUGACACAAUCGCCUUCGCCCCAGCCGGCAACGCCUCCCGACCUCUUGCACGACGCAUCAUCGGCCUCACCAUCAGCCGCGGCCUCAGCACUUGCCUCAGCCUCAGCCUCUGCCUGCACCGCUGCCUCUGCUGCUUCAUCGUCCACCGCGUCGCCGUCCAGACACGGCUCCAGCUUCUGCAGCACCCCCGCAUUGCGCGCCGACCCAGACGUCGCAGCGCCCUCGCCAUCGUCGUCUGCCGACUGCGACGACGCCGCCGACAUGACUACUGGCCCGGGCCUUGACGCUGCCAUGGGCCGACCGCGGCAGGACUCGUUUGUCAGCGCCGGCCCCAAGCCCAUCUCCAUGAACAUCCAGAACCGCGACAAUGUCAACCGGAAUCGUCGCGAGAGCCUCGCCGGCAGCCUGAUGGGCGGCGUCAGCUGGGGCGGCAUGUCCUUUGGCAGUUUUGUGAGAGACGACAUCAUGAUGCAAGGAACCUCUCCGUUUACCGGCGGCGCCCACGCGUCUCCCUCAUUCCACUCUUCGUCUUACCUACCUAAGCUCGAGGCUAGCUUCAUGCGAGACUUUACAUGUUGCGGCAAGAUUCUGCCCAAUCUGCAUGAUUUGCUGCAGCACUACGAGGAGGCCCACACACAGGCCAGUCCCUCUGCCGCGAGGAACAGUGCUUUCAACCAAUACGGCCAGCUAGGCAUCCAAGGCUCACCGAAGAUGCCGAACUCGAGGGCAACUCCAGGGCCUGGCCAAGGUCCGCAGCAACUGGGACAACAGCGCUCAAUCGGCGGUCCUGGACUCCAGCUGGGCGGGCCUCAGCGACUUGGCACCUCCAUGCUUCAGAUGUCCACUUCCAUGAGCAACAACCUGAGUGACGAAAUGGAUGCCGUUGCCGAUAUGGAGAUGGACGAUGCCAUUGGCGGCAUGGACAUGGAUGACAGCAACAAGAUGCAUCAGACCCGCCAGAUGUUUGGCCAACAACAGCGACCACAGCUCAACAUGAACACCUCUGGCAUUACGCAGGGUCUCCGAACGUCACAGCCGCCCACCCCUGCAGCCGCCAGCUUUGGAUUCCAGAACAACCCCACUGUAUCUUCUGUCAAUACCCCUACCCUCACGACCCAGCAGCAGAUGCCGCAGCAACAACAGCAGCAGCAGCAGCAGCAGCAGCAGCAGCAGCAGCAACAGCAGGCCCAACAGGCCGGGAUGGGUGACAUGGACGAAGACCUUCCUGGUAUGCCAAUGGGCGGCGACGCUACUGAUCUUGGCGACAUGACGUUUGGCAACGGCAACAACAACGCUAACAACGACUCUAAUUUCUGCAUCAAUGAUCCCGGCAAGCAUUUGUUUAGCCCCAACGGCGCAUUCCCGCAGGGUAAUCGAUCCAUACAAGCACAGCUUGCCCAGCUCGGCUUAACUAGCGGCCAGUUUGCGGAUCCCGAGGCCAACAAGGCAUUGCUUGCCCGAUUGCAGAGCAUGAUGAUGCCGGAGGAACACAAGCCUUUCAAGUGCCCUGUCAUUGGCUGCGAGAAGGCGUACAAGAACCAGAACGGAUUGAAGUACCACAAGGCUCAUGGCCACCAAACCCAGCAGCUACACGAGAACGGCGAUGGAACCUUUUCCAUCGUCAACCCGGAGACUAGUGCUCCCUACCCAGGCACUAUGGGCAUGGAAAAGGAGAAGCCAUUCAACUGCGAGACCUGCGGCAAGCGAUACAAGAAUCUCAACGGGCUGAAAUACCAUAAAUCCCACUCUCUUCCUUGCAACCCCGAAUUUAAGCUUCAAGCACUAGCCGCUGGUCUGAACCUGCCAGGCAUUGGAGAAGACGUGAUGCUGCAGUGAGCCGCUUGCACAUGAUGCGUCGGCCGUAUUCCUCUGAACGGCAUGGAUCUGUUGGCGUCACGAGGGGGACAUGCAAACUCCCCCGCUAUAGUACGAUUCCGACUUAUCGAGCCUGUG